GGGCGUCGUUCCUUGCAGAAUUACAGGCCUGGUGCAUUCCCCUCUUUCUCCAACUUGAACCCACCUACCCACCCCCCCGCGUUUCCUGCGGCUGGCUCCUGCGCACCACGACGCCUCCCCACCCCUUCCUAAUUCAAAGUGCCCCCUCCCCAUUUUGCAAGGGCUCCCAAGGCGCGCGCCAAAGGAAGAGAGGAGGACGUUUGCACGCCCCCUUCCCCCCUCCAAAGAAAGGGGGAGGCGCCUCCUAAACUGCGGCACCGCCGGCCCUGCAGAAGCGCCGGCUUCUACCGCAGGGGGUGGGCCCGACGGGCGGAGCCUCGCCUUUCCCCGCCCCGCCGCCCAGCAGCAGCAGCAGCCUCGUGCCAGUAGCCGCCGGCCGUAGCAGACGAGAGGAGCGGGCGGCUCGUCGAGGCUCACAGGUUUCUUCCACCCCAGUGCUGUGUUCCAAGCCACAGAGGAAGACAAGAUGAAGUUCACUAUUGGCAUUGCUGUCCUGGUAACAGUCCUUCAAUUUGCUCAGUGCCAGAAGAUCCGGACGCUGACAGCCUGCAUAAAAGACCAGAACUUGCGCUUGGACUGUGAGUACGACAAUAAGACUGACAACCCCCUGAGUUACGAAUUCCGCAUGACCAAGGACUCCAGGGCCAUGCGCAUCGUCGCCAGCAACUUCGGCGUGCCGGAAACCGCCUUCAGGAGCCGCGCCAACGUCACCCUCAAGAGGAACCUCCUGCACCUCAACGUCUACGGCUUCACCGCUGCCGACGAAGGCAUCUACGUGUGCCAGCUGAAGAUCACCAAUGACCUAACAGGCGAACAGACCAGGAAUGUCACUGUCGUCAAAGACAAGCUAGUAAAAUGUGCCGGCAUCAGCCUUCUGAUCCAGAACACUUCGUGGCUACUCCUCUUGCUCCUUUCGUUGCCUCUUCUCCAAGCCGUGGAUUUCGUGUCCCUCUGAAGACUGAAUGAGAAGCAAGCGAAACGGGGGUGGGGGUGAGAGGAGGGGGGGGCAGAGAGAGAGGAACCGGCUGAGAAGCACACAAACCGACACCCACCACCGGAGCGUGGCCCUUUCCCCGGGAAAGAGUCCGCCAAGAGGGACGAUGGUUUGAAAACUUCCCUUCCCCCCGUUGUAUCUCCAUAUUAUCUCUGUGUAUCUCUCUAUAUAGCCGCAUAGCUUACAA